AUGGCCUCAGAGGACCACAUGCCAGGCCCUGUGUGCCUCAUUGAGAAUGUGAAAGGCCAACUGGUAGCCAACCAGGAGGCUCUGCGGAUCCUGUCUGCCAUCAAGAAGCCAGUGGUGGUGGUGGCCAUCGUGGGUCUCUACCGCACAGGCAAGUCCUACUUGAUGAACAAACUGGCUGGGAAGAAAUCAGGCUUCUCUCUGGGCUCCACAGUGCAGUCUCACACCAAGGGGAUCUGGAUGUGGUGUGUGCCUCAUCCCCAGAAGGCAGGCCGCACCCUAGUUCUGCUUGACACAGAGGGCCUGGGAGAUGUGGAGAAGGGUGACAACCAGAACGACUGCUGGAUCUUUGCCCUGGCUGUACUUCUAAGCAGCAUCUUUGUGUACAAUAGCAUGGGAGCCAUCAACCAGCAGGCCAUGGACCAGCUGCACUAUGUGACAGAGCUGACAGACAGAAUCAGAACAAGAUCCUCAUCUGACCAGGAUGAGUUGGAGGACUCAGAUGAAUUUGUGAGCUUCUUUCCAGAUUUCGUGUGGACUCUGAGAGACUUCUCUCUCGAGCUGAAAGUAAAUGGGGAAUCCAUCUCCCCAGAUGAAUACCUGGAGAAUUCCCUAAAGCUUAUACAGGGUACCAGCCAAAAAGAAAAAGAAAAACAGUUAAAUCUGCCACGGCUCUGUAUCCGUAAAUUCUUCCCAAAGAAGAAAUGCUUUGUCUUUGAGCGACCAGUACAAGGGAAAAAGCUUGGCCAGCUGGAAGCAUUGCAGGAUGAAGACCUGGACUCUGACUUCGUGGAACAAGUGGCAGAUUUCUGUUCCUACGUGUUCAGCUCUUCCAAGGUUAAGACGCUUUCAGGAGGCAUCAAGGUCAAUGGACCACGACUAAAGAGUUUGGUGGCAACCUAUGUGAAUACUAUCAGCGGUGGGGGUCUGCCCUGCAUGGAGAAUGCUGUCCUGACUUUGUCCCAGACAGAGAAUGCAGCUGCAGUGCAAAGGGCCAUUGCCCACUAUGACCAGCAGAUGAGCCAGAAGUUGCAGCUGCCCACGGAAAACCUCCAGGAGCUGCUGGACCUUCACAGGGCCAAUGAGAAAGAAGCCAUCAAGAUCUUCAUGGAAAAUUCCUUCAAAGAUGUUAACCAAGUGUUCCUAACAGAAUUAGUGACGAAGUUAGAAAGGAAGCAAGAGGAAUUUCUCAAGAAGAAUGCACAGGCAUCCUCAGACCGCUGCUCAGCUCUGCUCCAGGAUAUUUUUGGUCCACUAGAAGAGGACGUGAAGCAGGGAGUUUAUUACAAACCAAGGGGUUAUUGUCUUUUUAACCAGAAGUUACAGGAGUUGAAGAAAAAGUACUAUAACACACCCGGAAAGGGGGUGCAGGCUGAAGAUGCUCUGCAGAAGUUUUUGCAGUCCAAGGAAGAUGUGAUUGAGGCAAUUCUACAGACAGACCAGGCUCUGACAGAAAAGGAAAAGGAGAUUGAAGUGGAGCGUGUGAAAGCUGAAGCUGCAGAGACUGCCUCAAAAAUACUGGAGGAAAUGCAACAGAAGAACGAUCAGUUGAUGAGAGAGAAAGAGAAGAGCUACCAGGAACGCAUGCAACAGCUGACUGAGAAGAUGGAGAAGGAACAGGCCCAGAUGAGGGAGGAGCACCAGAGGGCCAUUGAGCACAAACUUCAGGAACAGGACCGACUCCUAAAGGAGACCUUCCAGCAGGAGCGCCAAAGUCUCCAGGAAGAAAUAAUAGCUCUCCAUGAAGAGGCAGCUUCACGCAAAUGCAUCAUAAGCUGA